UGUCUCUCUAUGUAUUAUCAUUUUUUUGCAGUUUUUCUUUUUCUCAGUGCAAAUCCCGCUUAUUAUUUCGCUCGGGUCGGACAGCUCGUUACCGUACCCUGUGUCUUCGAAUCUACCGAUCAGGUCCGCUGGUUCCGAGACAACGCGAGCGGGGGACUAACCGAGCCAUUCCCUGGUGAAUGCGGAGAUCCGGGCUCCCAAUGCAGGAUCACCAGCACCGUAGAGAGCAAUAGAGUCACGUUAACAAUCCGGGACACGCAGAGAAACGAUAGCGGGCGAUAUUACUGCGCUGAAGGCAGUGGCGGCUCUCUGAGAUUCUCAAACGCGUCCGUUGUGAUCGUGUCUGGAGAUGAUUCCUCAGUGUCUAUCCUGGCCCCCCUGGCUGUCUCAGGCAGCGCGCUCGAUUCCAAGUCGACCCUGACAUUAGUGUGUCUAAUCCGGGGCCUCUCCUCGCCUUCGGUUCCGGUCCGGUGGUUCAUUUCCGGUAACCUCGUGGCGGAGGGAACGCCGAGCUCCGGGAUGAAAGUGAAGGAGGGCGGAGAGGGACAGGGAGACGGAGAGAGCUACGCCGCUACAAGCCGCCUGACAAUCCAGAUGGAGACGUGGAGAAGCGGGUCCAAGUGCGCAUGCAAAGCGCAGCUGGACAGGAACACUUCUAUCCGCAGCGGGAGUGUUUCAUACGCUGGGAUUCACGGGGAGGGUCUGGUUGCAGAGCGGUGCCUGGUUCAGUACGCUGUGUUUUCCGGGGUCUCCCUCCUCGCUCUGUCCGCGGCUCUCUGCGGCUGCGCGCUGUGGACCCGCCGUCGCUUCAAACCAGCGUCCACUGAAGACUCCACGCAUGUAAUUUACAAAAGGACCCCCGGCAGCGGAGAUACAAAGAGGAGAGGUGAAGAGGACAGUCUGGUCACCUACGCGAGCUUGGAGUUUGAAUCCCAGAAGAAGAACAACACAAAGAAGAGACGCAUAUAAUAAUAAUAAUAAUAAUAAUAAUAAUAAUAAUAAUAAUAAUAAUAAUAAUGAAUCCUUCAGAGAAGUGCGAUUGUUAACCGUUUCACUAAACCACGCCUCUCUGUACUUGCCACUGUGGAUAAGUAUGACGUCAUGGCCAGACCACGCCCCCAACCCCCAUCUUAAUAUCAUUAGUUCAACAGUAGUUUUUUUUUUUCCAUGCUUGUUUGUGAUUUGUAACGGAUGCAAAGUGAAUACGAUUAAUAUCUGUUUAAAAACAGAAUUAACAAAUGCUGCUUCAUAAAGUCGAAUGAAACCUGCUGAAUAAUGUUACGUUAAUUAUUGAAUUACACACCGCUUUGUAGUUUCCAAUAUACUUAACGAAAAACUGACAAAAAUUGAAAGAAAUUGACUCCUACUGCACAGCAGUUUCACCCAUUCCAGGUUUUACUACCAGCUUGAUUAGUCACGAUGUGUAGGUAACAAGCUCAGGUGUGUCUGAUUAGGGACCUGUUUGUCACUGAAUGACCCCGGUCUGCGUUACCGUGGCGAUCAUCGCUCUGCCACACUGAAACGAGAGAGAGAAAG